AUGGCGGAUCCACUAAGCUCCUCCUCAAACAAAAAAAGCUUUCUUCGUCGUAGAUCUGUCUGGACAAAACUCCAAUUCUGUACUCUCUCUCACUCUCUAAUCUCACCUUCUCUUGUCUCUAUCAUUCCUUCUCAGUUUAUUGCGAAUCACAUCAAGGGAAAGACUCUGUCAACGAAACAGAAACUGACUUCGGUCGCUUCGGACAGAACUUGGGAAGUGGAAUUGGACGGCGGGAGAUUCGCCGGCGGAUGGAAAGAUUUCUCCGUCUUCCACGCUGUUCGUGACGACGACGUUUUGAGUUUCAGGCACGACGGUGACAUGGUCUUCCACGUCACACCCCUCGGACGCAGUUUCUCUCAGAUACACUUAGUCUCUUCUUCUUCUACCUCUGGCUCUGACGAUGAGCACCACACUUUUGAUGAUGAUGAAGACGACAGUGUGGAUGUUGGAGAUGAUGAUGGUGAUGAUGACAAUUCGAUAUCAGAAGAGGAUUUAUAUUCAAAGAAACUUUCGUCGAAGAAGAGAGCAAGAACUGGAAAAGAAUAUUCAUCGGAAGAGUCUUAUCUUCUUGCGCACGUCACACCUUCAAGCCUUCUGAGAGAUACUUUGGUGUGUACCACUUCACUUGACUCCUUAAUACAAUUUUUAGUUCAAUUCUGUUUCAUAUUUUAA